ACCAGCACUGUCGCGAUUAAUAAAAAAAAAAAAUUGUGGAAGACAGUAAAUUGCAUUAAACAAUAACAAUAUGAAGAGGAAAACAAGUGAAAUAUGGUGCUUUUUUAGGGCAGUUGAUGACACCUUCGCCUUAUGUAACAUAUGCAAAGCCAAGCUAUCGUACAAAACUACAACAACAAACUUAAGCAAACACAUGAAUAGAAUGCAUCCCAAUGCAAACGUUACUGGUUCUCCACAGAAUCGAAAGUAUAAAAUCUUGCCUCGGUCCAAUGACCGCCACCGAGGUAAGCCUCGGAAUCCGACACAGGAGCUAAUAAUACUGAAAUUUAUAAAGAAAAACCCCGUGUUGCUGCAAAAUCCAUCUUGGGAGACACGUAACUCAUAUGAAUCGCUGUGGGAACAACUCACGUCCGAGCUGAAUGCUAGUGGGCCGCCGCAAAAAGACGCCGCUACGUGGAAAAAGGCAUUGAAGGACUGGAAGAGAUUCAUAAUCAAGAAAGUGGAGAAAAACGAAAUGCAUAAUAUACCCCUAGCCACUGGUCUGAGCUCUGCUGAGGAAACUAUAGCCAGCUUAUGUCGCUUGAACGACGAUGUCAGUCAAAUAAUAAUGAAUGCGUCUGAGGACGAUUUGCAGGAUAAUUCGAAUGCGACAUUCGAAAUGGAAGAUGUGGAAGAUGUUGUGCCCGAAGAAGAGGACCAUAGUGCACUGCAAGAUGUGUCUGGACUUGCCUAUGAGCCUGAAGACACAAAGGCUGAAAUUGAUAUCGACAUUGAUCCGCUCUUCUUGCAGAGUGGCAAGAGCACCAAAUAUGGAAGUCAGGCAAUUAAAAAGGAACUGGAGGCAAUAAGUAAAAGAAUAAGUGUAAUUAAUGAUGUUGCUUGUAACACGCAAAUUGCGCUAAAUGAAUUUUGCAAUCUUUAUAAACAGAAACUAAUUGAAAAUAAGAGGCACCACUCAGUCAUGGAGCAAUUAAUGACGGAAAAAAUAGAAUUGAAAAAGAAACUCCUUGAAAUCGAGCAACGCAAAUUGUCACUUAAAUAAUAAGUAUUAUACAAA